CAAAUAAUGACAAAACUCUGGGCUUCGUCUGUUUGCUGUGGCACUUGGACUAUCUAAACUCGCAGAGUAACAAGCUAACUCUUUUAAACAAUUAAUGCAACCAUAUCCUGAUUUCUAGGGUGAGCUGAUAGGCAUAUAGCGACCGAAGAACAGCUUUCAAAACUCAACCAGGAAAACAGGCACCUUGCUUAAGAAGAUUGAAAAGUUUUUGAGGAAAUUAGAAACUUGAUGUGACCCGUUUUGCCUGAAGCUUUCCCUCGGCAAAUGGUUAUGAUUUACAAAGGAACAAGCUUUUGAAAAUGAACAAGAAGCAUGAAACAACGAGCGUCUCUGAAGUCGAAGGACACAUAUCACAGAAGUAUGAGAUCAAAAAGAGACUCGGCAAAGGGGCCUAUGGCAUUGUGUGGAAGGCAGUGGACAGGCAGACUGGUGAAGUGGUGGCUGUUAAGAAGAUCUUUGAUGCCUUCCGAAACAGGACCGACGCCCAGCGCACAUUCAGGGAAAUCAUGUUCCUUCAGGAGUUUGGAGAUCAUCCAAACAUUGUCAAACUUUUGAAUGUCAUCAGAGCCCACAAUGACAAAGACAUUUAUCUCAUCUUUGAAUAUAUGGAUACCGACCUUCAUGCAGUAAUAAAGAAAGGCACCCUUUUGAAAGACGUCCAUAAGCGUUAUGUGAUGUACCAGCUCCUCAAAGCCAUCAAAUACUUGCACUCAGGAAAUGUUAUUCAUAGAGAUCAAAAGCCUUCUAAUGUGCUGCUGGACACCGACUGUACAGUGAAGCUGUGUGACUUUGGCCUGGCUCGAUCACUCAAUCAAAUCCAAGAGGACAGUGGGAAUCCAGCGCUAACAGAGUAUGUUGCCACAAGAUGGUACCGAGCUCCAGAAAUCCUUCUUGGUUCUACAAGAUAUACAAAAGGUGUGGACAUGUGGAGCCUUGGCUGUAUUCUAGGAGAGAUGCUUUUGGGGAACGCACUGUUUCCUGGGACUUCAACAAUUAAUCAAAUAGAAAAGAUCAUGAGUGCCAUACCACACCCCACUCCUGAAGAUAUUCUUGCAAUUAAGUCUGAAUAUGGAUCCUCUGUGAUACAGCGAAUGUUACUGAAGCCACAAGUGCCUUUGGAGGACCUUCUACAGCCCUCUGUCCCCAUUGAUGCCCUGGACCUGCUCAAAGGGCUGCUGGUUUUUAAUCCUGACAAGAGGCUGACUGCUGAACAAGCCCUUGAGCACCCCUAUGUUGCUAAGUUUCACAAUCCAGCCCGAGAACCUUCCCUCAGUUAUGAUGUCAUUCUUCCAGUUGAUGACGAUGUCAGGUUAUCUGUCGUUCAGUAUCGCAACAAGCUCUAUGAGAUGAUGCUUGAACAGAGAAAUAAUCAGGGGAUGCUAAAACUUGUCCAUCCAAAAAGUGAGCCUAAAGUUGAUGACAGCUCCAAUCCAAAUGGAAAAACUGAUAAGGACCUGGGGGAAUCGAGUUGCAAUGACACUUGUGAAAACGAGGCACAUAAAGAAACAGAAAAAGCUAAUAAGAAUCCAAAACCUGGGCCAAUUAAUGAGUCUGAAGCAGAGAGGACAAACAAGCCACUUAACCCUGCUGUGGGAAAACUCACAUACAACCCAAUAACACAUGCCCCAAAUGGUUAUGUCCAAAGUCCAGCAGGUCCUCCCCGUUACUACUCAUUGGCAAAUCCAUCAGUAAUGGAAUCCACCAGUAAUGGAACUACAUCACUAGGAGAGGGCACCAGUAUGAACACAACCAUGGACCAGAUCAUUCAUCGAGGGCGCUCAGCUCCUUUGAACCAAACCCGUACCUUCUCUUCACACAUAAACCAAACACAAAACAACCCACUGGUCCGUAAAGAGGAAUCUGUGUUGUCUUCUGGACUAUGUAUCACGUCAGCUCGUCUGAAUCAGCGCCCCCAGGUUCGAGACACACAACCCCCUCCUCGUUUCAGCAAGAAAGUAUUUCAGAAUAACUGUAAUAUUGCAGCAGCAGGAGACCCUCGAGCCAAACUAGGAAGCUACUCUCAGGCAUAUGGUACUAUCAACAGGACUGAUCUGAACAAUCUACUUAGAAGCCGGCCCUAUAACCCAUAGCCAAUGUGACCUGACCUCUUAUCCGUUUGCCUUUAUUGGUUUAAAAAAACACUGGCAAUUGAAUACCACUCGACACUUACAUAACCUGCCACCAGGUUACUUUCUCUUUCUGUUCUGGAUUAUUCUAGAAAUUAAAGUGAAAGUCGCGUGGUUUAUUUGUGCAAUGGAACUUAAAUGGUUAAAUGUAAUUAAGUUUAUAUAUCAUGUUCAAACUGUAAAGACAUCACAAUAAAUACUGUACUUAUUAUC